GGAUUUCACGUCGAGCGGCUCUUGCCCAGUGCAAUAUGUUGCUAAUCUGAUAGACUGCGCGUUGAAUCAUUUCAGAGAGCCGCUUCAUGCUUAUCAACUUCAACCAGGGAAACCAGAGGCGGUUUUAUCUCUUGCCCGAGCUCUCUCACUUUUUAACAAGGACAUAGCCCACGCGUAAAACCUCGACAGGACACGUGUAAUUUUGAGUCAGAACGGAUGAAAUAGAAGCAGGUUUUCUUCUAGGUUCUGAAUAACGACGGGUGAAGUUUUGAUUCAUUAGGAUCUGCAACCCAUCGAAUGCUUACUGUCAAAGUGCAUGUGUGUUUUUUAGUAACAAGAAGGAACGUUAUAGCAAUUUCCUAAUUGCGGAAAUUCAGAGGAACUAUUCUUUGCAAGGGGUCCUACAAAUUUUCAGAGAAUGGUAAAUGAUCGAUGGAAAAUCAUGAACAGUGUUUCAGAACUCGAAGAUGGACAUCAGCAUAAAUCUCAGAGGAUGGGCUGUAGCUACUUCCUGUGCACCAUCAUGCUCUUUGUGGCCGUCCUCCUGGCCGUCACGGCAACGGGUACCAUUCUCUUCAUGAACCACUAUCAAGCCCCGCCCCCCAGCACUAAUAACGGCCCCCCGCUCAUCUCCACCAACCAGGACGAGGGCAAUGCCCUGGUGACAGUCGAGCGGGGCGAUGGCUCCCGCAUCAACAUUUUCAUCGACCCCAACUGCCCCGACUACAACAACAACUUCCUGCGGCUGGAGGGCGUGCAGAAGUCGUUGCUCCACUCGCUGACUGACCACGACACAAGCCUGAAGUCGGUGAAGGGCCAGGACCGAGCCUUGCUGGUGAAGUUGGCUGAGGAGGUGGCCAAGCUCUCGGCCCACGCCAGCCAGCUCAGGUUGGAGUACGAAUCUCUGAGGCGAGGCCAGGGGAACCUGGGACAAGAGCUCAACACUCUGCAGACGGAGCAAGGCCGACUUAUCCAGCUGCUAUCUGAGAGCCAGAUCAACAUGGUGAAGGUGAUGAACUCAGUGAACGAUGCCCUCAACUCCAUGCAGAAGGAGACGGGGAACCUGAAGGGCAAGUUCAAGGCAGACCUCCAGAGAGCACCUGUCCGCAGUGCCCGGCCCAAAGGCUGCUCCAAUGGCUCCAGACCUCGGGACUGCAGCGAUAUCUACGCAAGUGGCCAGCGGGAGGAUGGGAUCUACUCUGUCUUUCCCAUGCACUACCCUGCUGGCUUCCAGGUCUUCUGUGACAUGACAACGGACGGAGGAGGAUGGACGGUCAUUCAGCGCAGAGAGGACGGCGCAGUGAACUUCUUCCGAGCGUGGGACGCAUACCGCGACGGCUUCGGCAAGAUCACCGGGGAGCACUGGCUAGGUUUGAAGAGGAUGCAUGCCUUGACCAUCCAAGCCAACUACGAGCUGCGAAUUGACCUGGAGGACUUUGAGAACAGCACAGCCUUCGCCCAGUAUGGAGCCUUUGGAGUGGGACUGUUCUCUGUUGACCCGGAUGAGGAUGGCUACCCGCUGACUAUUGCUGACUACUCAGGCACUGCAGGCGACUCAAUGCUCAAACACAACGGGAUGAAAUUCACCACCAAGGACCAAGAUAACGACCACUCAGAGAACAACUGUGCCUCCUUCUACCACGGCGCCUGGUGGUACCGCAACUGCCAUACGUCCAACCUGAACGGACAGUACCUGGGUGGGCAGCACACCUCCUACGCCGACGGCAUCGAGUGGUCCUCCUGGACGGGCUGGCAGUACUCCCUCAAAUUCACUGAGAUGAAGAUUAGGGCCACGAGAGAGGAGAACAAAUGAGAUGGAAACGAUAUUACGAGAAACCAUAGACUAAUGGACUUAGGUGUUUUUAAUGACACUCAACCUGCCGAGAAUGAGAAUGAGGACUCUGCUCGUACUGUAAUCCCUGUCCAAAAACAUUCUAAUCCCCUCUUGUGGUGUUGUGUUGAAGCCUCCGAGGUUUUGUAACCUUCUGCAAUCUCUCGCUGAUCUGAUCAUGUUUGUAAUAAUUAUGUGAAAAUAAUGCAGGCAAUGUCAAUACUACAGUAUCGUUGUGGAAUUUUGAAAUAUGAAAUGUUAGGAUUUCUCUCAUUCCCUUAAAUUAAUAGAAUUUCUUACAGUUUA